CGGGGGCAAGAUUUUAUAUGUGUAUUUCAUGUGCAGAUGCCUCACAGACCAGCAUACCCGACUGCUACGCGUGCUGAUGUUCACUUGGUGGGUUCUGGGCCCAUCGAGCGGUUCGAGAUGCGGGGCCGCCACCGCUCUCUGACAGAGUCUAUGUAUCUGUCCUCGGCAGUCCUCGCCGACUACGGGUACGCUGAGGAGAUGGAGCAGCUGCUACGAGGGACUAGGUGGCAUCGCCUCUUCACCAUGCGGGAAGAGUCCAGCCUGCCACUGACGAUAGAGUUUCUAUGCUCUCUAGAGUUGGAGCCAUCCACAGGGUCGAGGUCGAUGAACCUCCAGUCCAUCGACUCUCGUACCACCCUCACCUUCACUCUCAUGGGGCGGGGAUUUCAGCUGACGAUCGCUGAGCUGGCCUCUCACUUGGGUCUCUACUCUCGGGAUGAGACGUUGGCACCAGAGUUUGAUACCGCACCGUACCUUCUACCAGCAGACGUUGAUCCUGCGGACUUUUGGGCGGAACAUUCUUGCGAUCCUGAUCGCUUUGAGGGCAUGGGUAGAGCCAUGUUUUGGAUUCAGCCGACUUGGCGAAUCCUAUCUUUUGUGCUUUCGACGUCCUUCUUUGGGAGGCCGUUGGACACGGAUCGGGUAUACCCCGAUGAUAUGAUUGUCUUCUGGAGCCUGCACACACGCCAGGAGGCGAAUGUGGCCGUCUUUGUGGCCCGAUUCCUCUACAGCCAGUCCAUGGGGAAUCGAACGCACAUUGUCUAUGGUUUCGUGGUCACCAUACUCUACCAAUCACUCGAGGGGUCGGCACCCAUUCCGCGGGCACAAAUGAUGAUGCGAGAUUUGGAUGCAGGCAUGCUGAGGAAUGCUCACAUCCGCAGGAAGUUGGGAGCUGGCUCGACCGAGAGCAAUGUCGCUUCCCCAUCUGCGCCCUUGACCUCAGGAACAUCUUCGCAGGUCUCGUCUAGGAGAGCCACUCGUCGCCGUCCCACUUCUCAGGCCACUCCAGCUACGACCCAGGCGGAUCCGACCCCUGAAUGGGCUAGGAGGAUCCUGGAGCAGCAGGAUACCAUCAUGCAGAGGAUGUCCGAUCGGACAGCAGCAGGCAUCCCAGGAGAGCUUUACUCAGCUUCGGAGGACCAUUACUGGUUUUUACUCAGACGUGCACAUCGAGCUCACACCUCGUUCUCCUGAGGGCAAUGAUCCAUCCGCCUCUGUUCCUCCUCCUUAGUGACCUUCAUAUUACUUUCCUUUAAAAACUUUUACUUCUCUUCGUUUAUGAGCAGGAAUUGAUGAUCAACUGGAUUUGUUGGAACUUCUUAUUUUCCGCCAGUAAUAUUUACUUAUGCACUUGCUCUAUUUCUAUUUCAAUCAACUCCUUUUGAUUUA